ACUACACUCAAGCAAAACACAUAAUUACAUUUAUUACUAAGAUAAGAAAAUGGAAAUGGUUGGCAAGAUUGUAUGUUUUGUGUUAUUAUGCAUGGUGGUGGUUACACCCCAUGCAGAGGCCAUGAGCUGCGGCCAAGUUUCGUCUGGGUUGGCUCCUUGCAUCCCUUAUCUUACAGGGCGCGGUCCCCUAGGAGGCUGUUGCGGUGGUGUUAAGAGUCUGUUGGCUGCAGCUCAGACCCCAGCGGACCGGAGGACAGCAUGCAGUUGCAUAAAAUCAGCAGCUAAUGCUGUUAAAGGACUUGAUACGGGCAAAACCGCUGGUCUCCCUUAUACUUGUGGCGUAAACAUUCCUUACGAAAUCAUCCCAUCCAUUGACUGCUCCAAGGUUGGCUGAUCCACUACAUAAUCUGGAAGUAGCUAAUUAUAAGUAGAAG